AUGGACGCUACAACUCUCGAAAUUAUACUCAAGAGGCUUCAGGACUCCAAUCAAGAAUUCCUCAAGAGCGUCUUGGAGCAAAAACCCGUAAAACAAUCAUUCAUUUCUUCUUUCAAAUCCUUCGACAAAUCUAAAGAAACGUGGGCCACGUAUCUUCUUCAGCUGGAACAACACUUUAUUGCAAACAACGUAAUUGAAGACGACACAAAGCGAGCUUGUUUGCUUAGCUGGAUUGGCGGCAACUCUCUGGACUUACUUCAAAAAUUUUAUGGGGAAAAGGUUGCGCAAGUAUCUUUCGGUCAAUUAAUUGAAAAACUCACUAAUCAUUUUGAAAAAAAGCCUCACAUGCUUGCAUCUAGAUUCAAAUUCUAUAGGACGUUCAUGCAACCUAACCAAACUUAUUCGGAUUGGGUUGCAGAAUUGCGUGGAACAGCCAAAGAAUGCAUGUUUGUCUGUGAAAAAGCAGGAUGUGGAGAAUCAUACGUAGACUCGAAGAUUAGGGAUAUGAUUAUCCUAUAUACUCCACAUGAUAAGGUUCGGUCAACUGCUCUACAAAAAGAAAACCCAACACUGGAAGAGGUUAUUCAAAUUGCACAACUCUACGAGGAAACUAUGAAAACAUGCAGUGAGCUUAAGGGUGAGCAGAAAAGUGAAGCAGAGGUGAAUGCUGUGCACCGAUCAACACAUCAACGAUCAAGAGGUAAGCGGGUAGGUAACUAUUGUACUGGGAGUAAGAAUGUAGUUAGACAAAGUAAUAAGUCGUGCCCAGGAUGCGACAUCUCUCAUCAACGAUCGGAGUGCUUCCAUUAUAAAAAAAAUUCGAUCUGUAAGAAAUGUAAAAGAGUCGGGCACAUUGCAGCCGUAUGCAUGUCAUCAAAAGUCCCAAAUUCAACUCAUCAUAAUCGAUCAUCCCAGUCAAACAAUCGGAAACCAGAGGUCUCAAAGUGGCAGAGCAAAAAUCAUGAAACUAUAAAUCAGAUAAAACCCUUUGAAACCGUAAGUACUGUUGAUCUAUUUGAUUCACUUGUGUCACAAAUCGAUGUCAAUCAUAGUAGCCCUAUACAUUCAGAUAAGCUAUUCGUAGAUGUAAGCGUCAAUGAGAAAAUUCUUAAGUUCCAAAUAGAUACAGGUGCGUCGUGUUCACUUAUUGGUCUUGAAGGUUUGAAGCAACUGAACAAUCCCUUGUGUUUACCCACAACAAAGAUUUUAAAAACAUACGGUGGUAACAUCUUACCAUUGAAAGGCACGAUAUUAGUCGACGUAGCCUUAGCGUCAUAUCAUAAAAGUUUGAGUUUAACAGUCGUUGACAGUCCCAGUGCAACCAACAUCCUAGGCAUGGAUUGGUUUCAAAAACUGGAAUUCGGCAUACAAAUGCCAAAGAACAUGAACGAGUGCAGUUCUUCAACCCCUCAAUGUUUCAAAGUAGACCAAAAAUCUCUUAAGGCAGAUCUCGAAGCUCUUAAAAUUAAAUUUCAGUCCACAUUCUCAUCCGAACUAGGACUCUGUUCCACGUAUAAGGCUAACAUAGUAUUAAAACCAAAUGCUCAACCAAAGUUUUACAAACCCUACAAUCUACCAUUCGCACUUUAUGAAGACGUCCGCACUGAAAUUAACCGAUUAGUAUCCCAGAAUAUCCUCAAGCCAGUGAACUCGAUCACUGUAAAUCCACAAAUUGAAAUUGAUCGAUAUCCGAUACCACGAAUCGAGGAGUUGUUUCACAAACUAAGCGGUGGCCAGUUAUUCACUAAAAUUGAUCUGAGUGACGCUUAUCUUCAGAUAGAACUCACAGAGUCUUCAAAAAAGCUGAUGGUUAUAAACACUCCUUUUGGCCUUUUCCAAUUUGAACGAUUGCCAUUCGGAAUUGCGAGUGCACCUGGCAUCUUUCAAAGAAUCAUGGAAGGUGUAGUAGCUGGUAUACCUGGAUGCGCAGUAUACCUCGAUGAUGUCAUUGUCACUGGUAAGAAUAAUGAAGAACACCGAAAUAAUGUUGAAACACUCUUAAACAGGCUCGCCGCACAUAACCUCAAAUGUAGACAAGAAAAGUGUCACCUUGCGCAAGACAAAUUAGAGUAUGUAGGCCACGAAAUCGAUGCAAAAGGUAUUAGACCAACUGAAAAAAGAAUAGAAGCAAUAAAGUUAAUGCCAGAACCAAAAAACAUAACAGAAUUAGAAUCAUUUAUUGGCAAAAUAAAUUAUUACAACAAGUUUAUUCAAAAUUUUUCGUCAAAGGCCUCAGCCUUGAAUCAACUUAGACGACACGACAAGAAAUUCGUGUGGGGAACAGAACAAAGUACAGCUUUUAAUUUAUUGAAGAACGAUAUCAUCAAUGCGGUUCAAUUAAUUCACUUCGACGAAAAUGUUCCUCUCGUGUUAGCAACUGAUGCGUCAAAAACGGGAAUAGGAGCUGUUCUUUCACACCGCUAUUCAGACGGCACAGAAAAGCCAAUUUCUUUCGCAUCGAAAACCUUGAACGAGCAUCAGGCAAAAUACUCUCAAAUUGAAAGAGAAGCCUUAUCAAUUAUCUUCGGCGUUACGAGAUACCAUCAGUACCUCUAUGGCAGACAGUUCAUUUUGCUCACCGAUCAUCAAGCACUUGUCACUCUUUUCCACCCAUCAAAAAAACUACCGGUUAUGACUCUUCAUCGGCUUCAACGUUGGGCAAUUAUUCUCCAGGCCUAUAGUUAUACGAUUCACUACCGCAACACAAAGAAUCAUGCAAAUGCUGACGUCUUAUCACGCCUACCCAUGGGAGAUGACAUUGAAUUUGAUAACAGAGAGAAAAAAAUGUUUACAGUUGACCAGAUUUAUGAGUCAGUUAUCUCAGAUUUUCCAAUAAGCGCAGAAAUCAUCGCAGCACAUACUAAAACAGACGAAACUCUCAGUCGCGUUAUACAUUACAUUCAAAACGGAUGGCCACAGAAGCUAUCUAAAUCACAGGUAAAUUUAAUUCCAUAUUUUCAUCGAAUGUUUGCUCUUUCUCUGCAGAGUGGAGUAUUGCUUCUGCAAACAGAGCAUACCCGCGUCGUCAUACCGAAAUCGCUCGAAGACCAGGUUCUCAAAAUGCUUCACGAGGGUCAUUUGGGCCAAACUCGUAUGAAACAACUAGCGCGCAGGUAUAUAUGGUUCCCGAACAUUGAUCAAGCGAUUAAAAAUUGUUCAGAAGCUUGUUCAAACUGUGGUCUACAUGCAAGUCAACCGAAGCAACAAUAUUCAUCCUGGCCUGCGGCAGCUGGACCGUGGGAAAGAAUCCACAUCGAUUUCGCAGGUCCUUUUUUCUCUCGAAUGUGGCUAAUUGUUAUAGAUUCUUUUUCCAGUUUUCCAUUUAUUUUUGAGCUGUCAUCGACAACAACAGAAUCUACAAUUUAUGCUUUACAAAAAAUUUUUGCAAUCGAGGGACUGCCAAGCACAAUCGUUAGCGACAAUGGCCCGCAGUUCUCAUCAGCCAAGUUCAAAAUGUUCUGCAAGCUAAAUUCCAUUGAACAUGUGAGAACAGCACCAUUUCACCCAGCGUCAAACGGUUUAGCUGAACGCGCUGUCCGGACAUUCAAGGAAUCUUUCAAAAAAAUGAUGCAGGAGGAGAAUGACCGAGAGAAGGCUUUAUACAAAUAUCUCAUCACAUAUCGAGCGACACCAAUCCAAUCAUCAAAAAAAUCACCAUCGGAACUCUUGCACGGCCGCCAGCCUCGCACCAUAUUUUCGGCCAUGUUUCCAGAAAAUCACCAAAGUCAGCAUCAGUGUACUAAAUUUGAAAUCGGCCAAAAAGUGUACGCAAGAUCUUAUAUCAGAGGUAAUCGUUGGAUCGCUGGACUGAUAACCAAGGUAGUCGGUCGGAUGAUGUUCAUCGUACAAACAUCUAGAGGCAACGUCAAACGUCACCAAAAUCAACUGCGAGCACGAAAAAAUACAGAAAACGGAGACGACGUUAACACUGACGAUCUCGACAUCGAUUUGCAUUUGCGUACAGACUCAUUAUCGUCACCCGACAGCUCUUCAUACAGCGAUGUUCGAUUAGACAACGAAGUAAGAAGUGGUUCCAGCCCCAUGGCAUCGGGCAGUCAGAUACCAGGACUUCAAAUCGAACAGCAGAAAAAAACAGCGCAGAUGACUGAAUCCACAGCUAUGCCUACACUCAGACGUACGGGAAGGAUAAGGAAAAAACCAGUCUUCUUUCCAAAUUAA